AUGGCUGCCCGGUGCUUAUUGAUGCCCUCGCCGCGUAAGCUACCCGACUUUGGCAUCUCGCGCGAGGGAGACACCCUCAAGACCUUCUGCGGCACGUACGCCUACCUGGCUCCCGAGGUCUACGAGGGAAAGAGCAUCACGCGGCGCCGGCGGCCCACUUAUACGGCCCUUGUAGAUGUCUGGUCGCUAGGUGUUGUUCUCGCCAGGCUCCUGUGCGGACUACCCAAACAGGAGGAAAUAGACGAGUAUAUGGGAGUGGAAUGGUGCGAGAGCAUCCGCGAGGGGGUGGAACGGGCCCUCCGGCAGGGUUACCGCCAAGGCCGACGACAGGAUCUGCUGUCGUUCGUUCUGGAAUCGAUGCUCUGCCUCGACCCAGACGACCGAGAGACGGCGGCAGAGUGCCACAAGGCGGCCCUCAGACUCCUCCUGUUCGACAGCAACAGCGUUCCUGAAAGCGACAACGACCGAGGAGAAGCGGACGGCCACCACCAGCACCAGCAGUCGGACACCGAAGCGUCUACAAUCCUCGCUGGGAAGGCGGAUGGGAGCUUGUCGUCGCUCAGCAGAUACAUUGACCACACGGACGAACUGCUGGGACGGCGACGGGACCGCUCCUGCAGGGCCCCGUCUCCGGAGACGGUGGUCCCGCUCCAUGUAGGGCAGCUGCUGGAAAAGCUCCGCAAUCCCCACGACGGCCUCUUUUGCAAAUCCAGCUUCGGAGAGGCCUCGGACUCGGAUUCUGGCUCGGACUGCAGCACCAGCGCGCCUGCGACCGUCAUGAUAGCUCGGGACACCGUCGUCGAGCCGCAGACCCAGCAGCAGGAGCAGGAGGAUAGGCCGUCGGAUGCCCCAAUCCGGGAGGCGCUUGUCAAUUACCUCAACAACGGGACUGGUGCGACGCUCUCGGUCAAGAGAUCCAGGCCCGCCAGCAGGAGUCCUGGUUCUAAAAGCCCUCGGGUAUUGUCGGCUGGGGGAGCAGACGGCGGUGUAGGAGAUGGUCUGAGUGCGAGGACGGCGAAGAGGAAUAGGACUGUGCUGGGGGCGGGACCGGAUGGGCUGAGCGAAUCGGCGGUCAUAUAA